CGCAGAAGGAGAACGUCCGCGGCACAGCAAAGCCAACACAGUCUUGUCUACAGUGUGUGAAAGAGAGGGAGAGAGAGAGGUGGGGGGGAAACAGCUGCAAGCGGAUACUCAACAUCAACAAGCUGUAUGAGGCAUCUGUGAGGAAGAAGAAGGCAUUUGACGAGGGAAGGGGUUCCUGGCGGGUUUCCCUCUUUUUGUGAUUUCAAGAACAGAGGCGUGGAGCUCAGAAGAAUAUCCUACAAGUGGUGAAGCGAUGGUUUAGCGGGGCAAUUUGAUAGGUUCUCUGUGUUUUUUCUACAGCACACUCGCCCGACGACACUGUUAAUUCCGAGCAGCAAUCCCCCAAACAUCUGUGGUCGCUCUCUGGAGGGAGAUGGCUGUUUUCCGGCUGUCGCUGCUGCUGCAAGUUGGAUUUGUGAUCGGAUCAAACCUUAAAUACGCGGAAUGGUCAGGGCACGGGGAGGAUAACGGGGCACGGGAGGCGAUUCACGGCGCUCAGACGCACCGCUGGCAGCUGGCGCAUCUCCGUGCGCCUCAUCACGCUGCCGGGGAGACGGCGGAGCUGCCGCAGAAGACAGACGAGCUUCUACCCAGGGUCGUCACGGCUUUUUUACACACCGGGGACUCGACCACCUUAAAGCAUGCCAACUGCUCGCGAAAGUACGAGCUCACCUCUCUGCGGGGAAGGUCACACGCUACCCCGCAUUACUCCAUGAGCAGCGUGCUGGAUACGGUGCUGCACGCCACAAACUUCCUCAACAUGAUCCUGCAAGCCAACAGGUCCAGGGAGCACAACCUCCGGCGAGACAUUGAGUGGUACCACGCGUUAGUCAGGAGUAUACUGGAGGGAGACGCCAAGAUUCACCGGGCGGUUGUUACUUUUAGCGGGGAUUCAUCCUUCCCGGGGCCCUCGGUGCUUCUUCAAGCCACCAGGGCCGGCGGUGAAAUAGUACUCCAAGACCUCUCCAACAUGGCCCACCGACAUCUGCACAACCGCACAGCAGAGACAGAGUGGUACCACGAAAUAAAAGACAGGAAGAACCCCAAUUUCCAUAAAAGAGCGCUGAGCCAAGAUUUCAGAUCGGUGGACAAUUCAAUGAAAAGAGGAGAGAGUUUUAUUCCGGACAAGACGCACGUCAGAUGGUCUGCGCCCUACUUGGAGUGUGAGAAUGGGAAUUUUGUUCCCCGUUGGCUUUUGACCUUAUCUGCUGCCUUCUAUGGCCUGAAAUCCAACCUGGCUCCUGAAUUCAGGGGAGUGGUUCGAGUGGACAUUAAUCUACAGGAUGUUGAUAUCGACCAGUGCUCCACUGAUGGCUGGUUUGCUGGAACCCAUCGAUGCAACCUGACCACUAUGGAGUGUUUGCCGAUCCGUGGUCACGGAUUUGUCUUGGACAAGUACAAGUGCCACUGCAGGAAAGGUUUCUAUCAUCCCAACAGAGUAGCUGUCAAUGGUUUUACAAGAAUGGGGAGGAAGGGAAAACCUGCAGAUAGCAGUCCCAACACAGAGGAGGAAUCUUCCAGUGACUGCCUGCCUUGCCAGCAGGGUUGCGCCUACUGUAAAGAUGACACCCCCUGUGUGGUACAAGAGGAUGGCGCUCUUCGCAUGGUUGUGGUCUCUUUCCAGUGCCUCUGCAUGCUGAUCGUCUUCAUUAGCAUGGUCCUUAUAUACCACUUUCGUAGGAAUAAGAGUAUCAGAGCAUCAGGUCUUGUCCUGCUGGAGGCCAUCCUGUGUGGGGCUCUGCUUCUCUACUUUCCGGUUGGGAUUCUCUACUUCCAGCCCAGUGUUUUCCGCUGCAUCCUUCUGCGCUGGGUUCGACUGCUGGGUUUCGCUACCGUCUACGGGAUGCUGACUCUUAAGUUGUACAGGGUGCUGAAGGUGUUCCUGUCUCGUACAGCCCAGAGGAUCCCCUAUAUGACCAGCUGGCGAGUGCUACGUCUGCUGGGCAUCAUUCUGCUCAUCGUCUGCUGGUUCCUGGUGGCUUGGACAUCUGCUGUCUGUCAAAACCCGGACAGGAAGUUGGCUCUCAUCGAGGUGGGCUACACGCCCAAUGGGCUGCAGUUCAGCAUGUGCCUCCUGGAUCGCUGGGACUAUAUGAUGGCUGUUGCCGAGUUCCUCUUCCUGCUGUGGGCGGUCUAUCUGUGUUACGCCGUGAGGACUGUGCCGUCGGCCUUCCACGAGCCUCGCUACAUGGCCAUCGCUGUUCACAAUGAGCUUGUGCUGUCAGCUAUAUUCUACAUCAUCAGGUUCACUCUUGCUCCUGAGCUACAUCCAGACUGGAUGCUGCUCCUGUUCUUCACCCACACUCACCUAACUGUCACUGUCACCCUGGGUCUUCUACUCAUUCCUAAGUUCCUGUUUGCUGGCACCCACAUGAGAGACGAUAUCGCGUCUGAGGCCUAUGAGGACGAGUUGGACAUGGGUCGCUCUGGAUCGUACCUCAACAGCAGCAUAACGUCAGCAUGGAGCGAGCACAGCCUGGACCCUGAGGACAUCAGGACACCAGACGAAAUGGGCCAUCUCAAUUCUAUUAAUGGCUGUGGCAUAAGGUCUUGCGACAGCCUUUGGGAAAAACGUGCCAACGAAGAGCUGAAGAAACUGUACUCCCAGUUGGAGAUUUACAAAAGGAAGAAGAUGCUAGCAAACAACCCUCAUCUCCAGAAAAAGCGAAGCUCUAAGAAAGGGCUAGGUCGCUCGCUGAUGAGGCGCAUCACAGAGAUUCCCGAGUCCGUGCAUCGCCAGUGCAGCCGUGAAGAGAAGGAGGUGGGAGAGCAUGGCAGCAAUCGUAACAGCAUCUCCAUGCUGAAGAAACCCCCCUUGGAUACAACUCACCCAGCAAAACCAGCGAAGGAAGAGACACUGAAGAACAAGGUGUUCUCCCUGAAGAAGUCGCACAGCAGCUAUGAUCACGUCCGGGACCAGAAUGAGGACUCCAGCAGCACUGUAAAUGAUAAGAUUGAUGAGAACACAGCUGAAGGGUCCCUCCUGGAUACACUUAUGGGCAAGAAGCUGGUCAAGAAGACAUCCAGUGAGAACAUAAACGCCCCCAGUGAAUCUACAGAAUCAGUUCCCUUGGUUUGCAAGUCAGCCAGCGCCCAUAAUCUCUCUGCAGACAAGAAACCAAUUCAUCCUAGAGCCUCCAUGCUGCAGAAGUCCCUCAGUGUCAUUGCUAGUGCCAAAGAGAAGACUUUGGGCUUGACUGGAAAGACCCAGGGUACAGAGGAAAGCAAUAAGAAGAGUCAGCCAAAGAGCAAAGACACAAAGGCAAAUGUAGAGCCAGAAAAUGAAUGCCAGCCCAAGAUGAUUAUCAGCCAGUCAGUCGAGUACAAACAAAGCACCACAAAAGGCAUAAUCAUGAAACAGCCAGUUAGUGGCAGCCAACCGACAAUCUGCGCCGACCCCAUUAAGGGAAAAGACCUCUAUGAUCUCUCAGAAGUAUGCCCCUGGGAGGUGGAAGAUCUCCCAACUCCAUCUGAAAAUAAGGUUCAAAAGCAUGUAUCUAUUGCACCAAAGGAAACCACAACUGUUCAUGGAGGUAGCACGAAAGGAGCCAAGUCUCAGAAGCAGAAAGGUUCUGAUCAUUCUCCAUCCAGUGGCAGGCACCCAAAGGAGAUUCAGAGGUCAUCGGCUAUUCGAGCAGAUGUGUGCCCAUGGGAAGACAGAGGUGAGAGUCAAGCCAGUCAAGCGGAAGCAUCGAAGCAAUCGGUGUCUCAGUCUAAAGCCCAGCAGCCUCCCUCUUCAGUUGAAAGCUCCAGAACACAUCGGGCAGAUGUUUGUCCCUGGGACUUCGAAGAGCUGAAAAAACCAACAGAGUCAGCUCACUCACCAGACGUGACAAAGCAGAAAAAGGGAACCUCUCCAAUCGAUGUGAGAGAUCCACCUAAAGGAUCACUACAGCCACUAACAUCAAAAGUCGACGUCUGUCCAUGGGAAUUCGACAACAGUGCAGCUGCUCCAGAGAGGAUACCCAGCCCCUCACAAGCACCCAAAACCAAGGAGUCCCCUUCUAAAAAGAAAGGGCCCCCUUUCACAAGAACAGUUGACCAAGAAAAAUCAAAAGACACUGAUGAUGAGAAAAGCAGAACAAAGGUGAAGGACAAGAGUAAAUCUUCAGAGAAACAUGUCGGCCAGCAAAAAAUGGCUGAGGUCUGCCCGUGGGAUGUAGAGAGUCACCAGGAAAUGCUGCUGGUAGAAAAAAGGAAAAGCGCUAAUGUUGGAGCAGCCAAAGAAAAGCAGACGGAAGUCUGUCCGUGGGAUUUUGAGGAAAAAACGGGUACAGACAAAAGUGCUUCUGCAGUGAAACAGAGCAAACCAACUCCUAAAGGGGGGCCUGUAGGUGCUGCUAAAAAGGCAGAUGUUUGUCCCUGGGACUUUGAGGAUAGUACGUCGAGCAAGAAAGCAUGACACUCAACCUUAAUGGACCACUGAUAUAUUAUAAUUAUUGAUGUAUACUUUUUUUCCACUUUGAAAUCGUUAAAUAUCACCUUUUACUAUUAGUACGGUGACUUGGAAGCAAAGUUGAUCCACAAGUUGCCUUCCUUUCCGAGGUUUUGUUCCUGUUUUAUCUAUUUUGGAAAAAAGUGAAAUCUACAAAAAAAAAAAAGUCAUGAUGAGCAUUCCAGAUUAUUACAGGAAACUCCUGAAGAGAAAUUGUAGACUAAUUAUGCAACUUUUAAUUCAUUCUUUUCACUUCAUAAGCAAUGUUAAACAUCCAUGUUCACCAUGUCAGCUGUUCUUACAUUUUCUUUUGCUAUGAUUAGUUCUUGGACGAGACUGUAGAGACAAAUAUUGAUGUGUAUAAACAAGAAAGUAUGAAAUUAAGGUUGAAUUGCAUAACAGGGAAAGUGAAAGCCAAAGAACAAGUGAACAGUUGCAAAGAGGGAUGCAGGUCUCGAAGCUCUAAAGUUAAUUUAUUAGUUUGUCCUUGGCGUAGGAAAGAAAUCAGUCUAUAGCACUUUAGCCAAUUUCACAAAUUAAGAACUGAGGACAGGUUAUGUCCGACUUGUACAUUUUGUCUUCUUAUUUUCAACCACAUGGCAUGAUAUCACACACGAUAUAACACACUGACCAAACUCAGACAUGUUUUGUUUGUUUGUUUGUUUGUUUUUUGUUUAGAUCUAUUUAAUUGUAGUUCUCGGCAGAUUAAAAUGCUUCCAAGUCUGCGGAGAUGUACUGUAUGUGCCUAUCUAACUAGCAUUGUCUUGUAUCAGUCUGAAGAGAAGCGAGUGUCUUCUUCUUCAGCAUUUUGUGAUGGUGAAUUAUAUAAACAGCAUGCACAGCCAGGUAUCGAGAGUAGAUGAAGCCUACCGGUUUGUCAACUAAAACAGUUAAUGUGUUGGCAAAUCUAUAAUGUUGUUUUCAGUUCACUUUUUUGAGACCCUGUUUUAUAGUUUCAAAAGCUAAAGGGUGAUAUUUGAGAGCAGCGUUAACAUGAAUGUGUCAGAUAUGUUCACAUAUGUCAAAAGUAGUGAAGGAAAAGUUAUUUGCACCAGCUUUGUGUAUGAAUCCAGCUUGGAUCUUUGUCUUGCACCAAAUGUGAGUAAGUGUGUGCCUGAGGAUGCAAUAUUUAAAGGACAAAUGAGAUGCAGAAGAUCUGUUCUUGCCUUUGUGUUUACCGUCCUACUGCCUGAACGUAAAAAAAGGAAAGCAACUUCUAUUACACAAUAACAGAAGCAUUCUGGGUAAUUAAAACUUGGGUUCUGUAUAAUAGUUGUGGCCACUAAAUUUUGCCAGAUAGUCCCACAGGUUUUUAAGGAGACUUCUGGCUUAGCUAAAACUGUCUGGAAGUUAUUACUUAGUCUGGAUAAUCAUCCAUCAAAAUUAAACAAAUUAACAUGCUAUGCAUCUGUAGAUUAUAGUCUAAUGGAAUGGCCUAAAAGCAAAAGAUACCCUGUUUGAAAAUGAAGGAGACACUAAUCGCUUUUGGGUCAUGUCAGGAAGGGCAGCUAGCAUAAAUAUCGAAAACGUGGAGAUCCAUGCUGUAGCAACAGAAAGUAACCUUUAGUCAAAGAAAUGAGCUGCCUGAAAUGCUGCUGUGCCUCUGGGACCUCGUUUUUCAUGGACAUAGCUACUUUUUCUGGAUCUUGCAGCGAUAGAUGACUUUGUUAGCUACACUUGUGUCCUACACUGCACUUGAGCCCACUAUGUUUAAGUCAGUCAAUCCCUUGAGAAUAUUGAAAAUGCCCAACUUUACAGUGUGUGAGUGAUCUGACAAAUAUUAUAGAUUAUGAUGCAUUUCAAUGUACUAAGAGUCUAUGCAAGAGGUCUGUACAACAGUUGUAAUGAGUAAAAUGCUGGUAUGUUUUUGUUUACACUCACCUGACAUUUUAUAAGGGCAUCAGCUCCACUGUUCAUUAGCGCAAAUCUUCACUCAGUCAGUCACAUCGUAACUCAGUCCAUUUAGGUAUGUAGACAUGGUCAAAUAGACCUGCUAAUAGGGAAGUUUAGAAUGGGGAAAAUCUGUGAUUUAAGUGACUGAACGUAGUAUGAUUGUGGUUGUCAGAUGAGCUGGGAUGAAUAUUUCAGAAACUGCUGAUUUGUUAAUAUUUUCUCACAUUCCCACUCUAGAGUUUACACAGAAGGGUCCAAAAAAAGAGAAAAAUAUCCAGUGAAUGACAGUUCUCUGGGCAAAAAUGACAUUUUUGAUGUGAGAAGUCGGAGGAGAAUGGCCAAACUGCUUGGAACUGAAAGGAAAGAAAGAAAAAUACUUACUUAAUAACCACUUGUUACAAGCAAGGUAUGCAGAAGAGCAUCUCUGAACCUUGAAGCCGAUGAACUAUAGCAGGAGAAGCCUGUCCUAGAUGCUAUUUCUGUCAGCUAAGAACAAGAAACUGAGCCUAUUUCACAUUGACUCACCAGAACUGGACAAUAGAAGACUGGAAAAAUAUUGCCUCUGGUCUAAUAAGCCUCAAUUUCUGCUCCAACAUUUGCAUGGUAGGGUUAGAAGUUGGAGUUAACAACACAAAAGCAUGGUUCAGUUCUGUAUCAGUGGUUCAGGGUGAUGCUGGUGGUGUUGUAAUAGCUUGGGGGAUGUAGGCCUCUAAUACAAAUUCAUCACCGUUUAAAUGCCACAGCCUACCCAAAGUCUCUGAGGAAUAUUUCCAGGACUUUGCUCGCUAGUACCAGGUUGGGUUAGUUAAGGUAAGUUGAUGACUUAUACCUUCAUCCUCACUUCCACAUGUGGUUCUUUCUGGCUCCAAAAAAAAGAAGAAAUCCCAACAGCAGCCAAAAUACCAAACUCAACUCUUCAUCGGUGAUGUCAUGUUGUUCACAUCCAUCUUUUAUUUACUUAUAUAGUGUUUCAAAGUCUAUGGUCUAGUGCAGAUUAAGCAUACUUGCGUGCAUCAAGUCUGAAAUCUGCAAUAUAGGAAACUCUGGACACAGACAGAGAUGAAUGAAGGUUCAUCAAGUAUGAUCCUAUCUAAAUGAUAGAAACAGUGGCCAUAACUUCCAAAAUAAAAUCCAAGUUUUUAUUCACUGGAUAAUGGAACUGUCAUUGAAUGAUGUGAAAUACUGACAAUAGUGUGACCUUUUAUAUUUAAAGGUUAAGCACUGCUGCAGUUUUUCUUCGCAUCUCCAUAUUAGGCGUCAUUUCAACUUAAAUACAAAUCAGACUGAACCCCCAUUUGUUUAUCAACCUAAUAAGUUCAUAAUUAAACUUAGCAUGGUAGUUAUCAAAUAAUAAUCUGACUAAAUCUUUUAAAGGUUUUGAGAUGUGCCGUGUUUUGUAUCAAAAUGUCUAAAUAGUCACCAUAAACUAUCAAAGUGAAAAAAACACCCCCAUUUAUAUUUGCAGUUGUGUAUCAGUAAAGCAUCCACAGUGCAUUGUGGUAUCUUGUGAGAAUUACUGAUUGUAAUUGUCUGUGUUCAUGUCAAUUUCCUCAGAACCCAUUAGGGGUUGGUAAUGACUACGAUUCAGGCCAGUACCCAUCGGUGAGUUUUCUUGAAUUACUAAAUUUCUUUGGCACAACUCAAAUGAAAACAAUCCAGCAACUGAUAUCAUUUUCUGAGAAUUACCUCCACCUCCAGCCUGUGGGAGGUGUCAGAGAGCACUGAUUGAUUGCAAUCCUUUGAUGGAUCCUUGUGAUCUUUAUGAACCAGAUGUUAAGCGUCAUCUAUCAUCUGAGUCAGGAUUUUAUUGCAUGAGUACAGCGACAUUUGAAAAGCCCCUUCUUUAUUUAAACCUAACUUCGGAGUCACUGCCAUUUUCACUGAACUCAAAGAAUAACCUGCUGCCUCUUUUACUGUCACUGUAGGAAAGUUAUUUCAACAUGGAAAGAUGUGUUUGUUUCAUAUUUGAAAGUGAAAUGGAGCGAACAGAGGCUCCAUGAUUUUGGUUGAAUUUAAUCCCAAAAAGAAAAAGAACCAAAAACAAGCAAUAUGUUAGCAUUUUUAACAACAGAAGGAAUUUUUAUGGUGUAAUUUAUGUUGAUUUUAAAACUAAACCCCAAAAAAUGACAGUGCAACAUCCCAGCACUAAAUGAAGUCACUGUUUUAUGUAACUUUGAGUCUACUUUUUUCAUUCACAAUAGCGUGCUUGCUGCAGGCAUUCUCAGUUCUGCCAGUCCAUCGCUGUAUGUGUAUUGAACAAUGUGAUACAUAACCAAGUGUUUGUUACUGUCCGUCUCUCUGGAAUUCAUCAAUGAGUCUGUGAGUAUUUGAACCUCAGCCAUUUACUCGGGUGUGAAAAUCCAAGACCAUUGUCCUUGUACCACGCCGUGUCCCGUAGCUUCUUUGUCCUCCAAUUGGGUCGUCUCUACCAUGGUGCAUUUUUGUUGGUUAGCUGCUUUCAUUUAAACCUGACUUCUAUUCUCUUGUGACCAAACAAAGUCACACGAAGGCAAAUACAACUACUACUAUCGCUACUACUACUACUACUCAACGCUGUAACGUCGUAAAUCUUGCUCUUGUGGCUUCUGCAUGAAUUCAAGAAAUUAGUAGGACCGAUGUUUCACUGCCCUUGAUAGAACAAAAAAAAAUAAAGAAAAGAAAAGAAAAAAUUGAUCUUUUAUGGACUGUUACAAGUUGUAUAGUGAGUGAUACUGUCUCUAACCCACUGUAUUGUGCUUGUUAUAACUAUUGCUCUAUGACAAGCUUAUAGCAUCAAUAUAUGGGAAUAUUUGGUAGAUUUAUAUUGUGUUAUAUUGUGAUAGCAUGUACAUAAAAGAUACCUCCUCUGCAAUAAAUAUUUAUAUGAAAA